AUGAGAAGAAUGGUAUGUUGUCUCUAUUUCAAGGCCUAUCGACUGUUUGUGAAGCCCUGUUCUAACGGAGACUUGACAGAGAAACGGAAUCUCAGUAUCGGCGAAGAGAAGUUUCUGGAUAUUGACCCAGGUGUCUUCGACAAUGAGAUGGUCAAGCUCGCAGACGGCGAUGUCACAAAGGGCACCUACACGGGAACCCAGGCGGCGCUGACCCACGCGUACGCCCGUAUCGAACGAAGUUACGAGACAUACUUUGAUGCUCUGCAGAUUGAGCCAACCCUCCCUCGUUACAUUGAGAAGGACUUGAAGAAGGAGUUGUACCAGUGGUCCGACUACCCAACCAACAGGGAUGGCACGCCAGCCCAGUAUCCUCCUCAUCUCCAGACUAUCCCGCGCGCGGACCAAGUCUCACAGACCGAUCUUUUCAACAGGCUCGGCCUGGCAAACACUUUGCUCAUGAUUGCCAAGCUCGUGCCUGAUACUUGGUACGGCAAGACGGCCGACUGGGGAAUCAGCAUUCUUCAGCGCGCCUUCAACGGCAGCCCCAUGGACGGCACUAUCAAGCAGAUCGAGGAGUACAACAGAUCGCACCGCAAGUCUCCUACAGACAUCGAGGAGGGGAAGAAUAUUGGCUUGUUGCCUGACUGGUUCACCGAUCGCCGCUUCGCCGACCAGUCCUUCACCGGCACCAACCCAACCAGUAUUACCGUCGUGCCAGAGGCCCUCCUCAACGAGUUCAUAGCCGCUGCAAAGCAAGGUGGUUACGACAAAUGGGCCACCAUCCUGCCGACCAUUGAUCCCGCGACAUUGUAUGUCCAGGAUGCGCGUAACAUCCGCCGUAGUUUGGGAGUCGACGAGAAUGAGAUCCUGUUCAACAAGGAGCCCAAGUCGGAUGACAGCUGGGGUUGCGCCGCCGUCACUCUCUUCCAACUGCACCCCACCGGCGAGCUGCACCCCAUCGCCAUCUGCACCGAUUACAAGGGUGACAGUCUGGCGACAUCUGUUACCAUCUUCAACAAGCGCAUGCUGCCAACGGACUCCUCGGAGGGUGAGGAGCAUGACUGGCCAUGGCGCUAUGCGAAGACGUGCGCGCAGGUCACCGACUUUCUCCGGCACGAGGUGAGCGUCCAUCUCACGCAGGCACAUCUCGUCGAGGAAGCCCUGAUUGUGGCCACCCACCGCACUGUGCCCAUGGAGCACAUCAUUUACCGCUUGCUCUCGCCCCACUGGUUCAAGACACUGUCGCUCAACGCGGCCGCGCGCGCCACACUGGUUCCUCAGAUCAUCAAAGACAUCGUCGGAGUCAAGCCCGAUAACCUUUACCAGUAUGUCCGGUCCGAGUUUGAGAGCUUUGACUACGUUGGGCGUUACGUUCCCAACGACCUCGCGAGCCGUGGCUUUCCCAACACCGCCGAGGGUCUGGCGGAGCCACAAUACCGCAACUAUGCCUAUGCCAAGAACAUGUUGUCCAUGUGGUACUGCAUCCGCCGGUAUGUGAAGAGCAUGCUCCUCACGUACUACACUGAAACCACGGCCGACGCCGUUAUUAGCAAGUGCGAGAUCAUCAAGGCGUGGUACACCGAGGUGCAGACGGCAGCCCACAUCAAGACUUUCCCUACCAUCACCACACUUGACCAGCUGAUCGAUGCUGUGACGAUGAGCAUUCAUAUCGCUGCGCCUUUCCACUCGGCUGUCAACUACCUCCAGAACUUUUACCAGGUGUUUGUCAUUGCCAAGCCGCCCUGUCUUUGCUCCCCUCCACCAACUACCCUCGACCAGUUGAAGGGGUACAAGGAGGCCGAUCUUGUCAAGGCGCUGCCUAUUGGCCGUCAGAGGCAGUGGUUGUUGGCUGCGCAGAUUCCUUGGUUGUUGUCUUACAAGGUAUGUACUUUUCUUUGUCUCUUCGAAAACAUGACACUAACCCAUCGCGACAGGUUUCCACGGAGCGCAGUCUCAUCUCCUUUGCGCAGUCGCAGUGGUGGUCACGCAAAUACGCCCAGACCACUAAGGAGAAGGCGCGAGGGGAGUAUCCCUUACAUGGUCAUGGACCCGGAUAACACGGCGGUUUCCAUUUUGAUCUAG